AGUGUACAAGAAGUUAUUUGUGUAGAUAAAGAGAAGUUCUAAACACAGUUUGUGAAGAAAAAUGCAUCUCAUAAAGAACAAAGCAGUGUACUUCACGCUCAUGCUCGUUGUCUUGAGCAUGUGUUUGGAUGAAACGGAAGCACGCCGUAAGAUUCUUCGUGGACGCCGUACCAUCAACCGAACAUUCAAACGUGGACCGUUAAUUCCAGCAUGGGCCAUCAUUACGAUAGUCGCCAUCGUGAAUCUACUUAUCGGCGGCAUAGCUUAUCUAAUAUUCCGUAAGGUCGUUCUAAAUGCACCGAUCGAGAACGUUACCUCGUACACGCCGGCAAUGCAGGACGAGUACAGCUCCUGAACUGGAUGGAUAGCUGUUCUGUAAAAAAAAUCCAAAUACUUCCCGUAAUUUAAUG